CACUUGUUCCUUGUGGUAGAUGCUGGGAUAUUUUUAAAAGACUGUAACCUUUUACUAAUUGUGGACUUAAUAAAAGUUGUUCUUGAUACCUUUUUUUCUUUUUCAAGUCUAACUCUGGAGUUAAAGGAAUGGAAAAGUGGAGGGUCUUGCCUCGUGUUGAUGGCUGCUGGCUGAUCGGGGUGGUGAUUGCUGAAGGUUUGGGGUGGCUGUGGCAAUCUCUUAAAAGUAAAGACGGUGGGGAACAAAACAUGACAGAAACAGAUGCCUUCUAUAAAAGAGAAAUGUUUGAUCCAGCAGAAGAGUACAGAAUGGACCACAAGAGAAGAGGAAUUGCUUUAAUCUUCAAUCAUGAGAGGUUCUUUUGGCACUUAACACUGCCAGAAAGGCGGGGCACCAGUGCAGACAGAGACAAUCUUAUCCACAGGUUUUCAGAUCUAGGAUUUGAGGUGAAAUGCUUUAAUGAUCUUAAAGCAGAGGAACUACUACGCAAAAUACAUGAGGUGUCAACUUCUAGCCACAAAGAUGCCGAUUGCUUUUUAUGUGUCUUCUUGAGCCAUGGAGAAGGGAAUCACAUAUAUGCAUAUGAUGCCAAAAUUGAAAUUCAGACAUUAACUGGCUUGUUCAAAGGAGACAAGUGUCAGAGCCUGGUUGGAAAACCCAAGAUAUUUAUCAUUCAGGCAUGUCGGGGAAACCAGCAUGACGUACCUGUCAUUCCUUUGGAUGUAGUGGAUCAUCAGACAGACAAGUUGGACACCAACAUAACUGAGGUGGACGCAGCCUCAGUUUACACAUUGCCUGCUGGAGCAGACUUCCUCAUGUGUUACUCUGUUGCUGAAGGCUAUUAUUCUCACCGGGAAACUGUGAAUGGUUCAUGGUACAUUCAAGACUUAUGUGAGAUGUUGAGGAAAUAUGGCUCCUCCUUAGAGUUUACAGAACUCCUCACUCUGGUGAACAGGAAAGUUUCUCAGCGCCGAGUGGACUUUUGCAAAGACCCAAGUGCAAUUGGAAAGAAGCAAGUUCCCUGCUUUGCCUCAAUGCUAACUAAAAAGCUGCAUUUCUUUCCAAAAUCUAAGUAAUAGGGUAUAUUUUUAUCUUACAAUCUGUAUUCAAAAUAUCUUUCUCUUUUUAUAUACAUAAGGAUCACUACAGUGAAGCAUAUGGUCCUGAAAAAAAAUUUUUUUUUUAUUUAAAUAGUUCACGUUGGACAUGGUGAAAGGGUUUGCUUUGAUACAUAGAAACAAAAAUCCUUGGGGAAUUAUUAAUACUAUACAUUAAAAUCUAUAAGAUUUUAUAAUUUUUUUUUUUUUUUUUUUGAGACAGAGUCUCACUAUGCUGCCCUCGGGGGAGUGACAUAGCAUCACAGCUCACAGCAACCUCAAACUCUUGGGCUUAAUUGAUUUUCUUGCCUCAGCCUCUCAAGUAGCUGGGACUACAGGUGCCCACCACAACAUCUGGCUAUUUUUUUGUUGCAGUUGUCAUUUGUUGUUUAGCUGGCUCGGACCACCUUUGAAUACACCAGCCUUGGUGUAUGUGGAUGGCACAGUAACCACUGUGCUAUGGGUGCUGAGCCUGGCCAAUUUAACUUUUACAUGUAUUUUUUGACUGUGUAAUGUUUUGAAAGGUUUUUGAAACCUAAAAAUUAGGUUGCUAUCCCUUAAUAAAAUAUUUGAAAUUCA